GGCUACCCUGCUCGCCGCCAAGCGACCCGGCGAUGCCUCCAUCUGGCCCCGCCGUUCUUGCUGGAUGACUACGUCCCAAGAUAUCAGAUGCUCUCCGCGAGAGACUCGGCCAUGAAGCGCUCCAGGGCAUACGCUCAUUUGCGCAACUGCAACUUGUGCCCGCGUCUUUGUGGUGUGAACCGAUACGAGAGAUCUGGCAUGUGCCUGAUUGGCGAGAAAGCCAAGGUCAAUGUCAUAGCUCCUCACUUCGGAGAAGAGCCUUGCAUUCAGGGCCAUAAUGGGAGCGGGUCUGUAUUCAUGAGUGGCUGCAACCUAAGAUGUACCUUUUGCCAGAAUCAUGACAUCUCCCACCAGCGGAACGGAAUGGAUCUCAGCCCGGAGGACCUUGCUGAUUGGUACAUGAAGCUCCUGGAGACAGGUGGUGUCCACAACAUCAAUAUUGUAACCCCUGAGCAUGUGGUGCCCCAGGUGGCGUUGAGCAUCCUUCAUGCGAGGGAUCUCGGCCUCAGGAUCCCGAUCGUGUACAACACAUCGAGCUUUGACUCGCUGGAAUCCCUCCAAUUGAUGGACGGAUUGGUGGAUAUUUACCUCGCCGACUUUAAGGUGUGGUCACCCCACACUUCCAAGCGGCUUCUCAAGGCGGACGACUACGCCGCCACCGCCAGGGAGAGCAUCAAGGCCAUGCAGGAGCAGGUCGGCGAUCUAUGCUUUACAGGAGACGGCAUCGCCAAGAGAGGUCUGCUGGUGAGGCAUUUGGUAAUGCCAGGCAAAGAAGCUGAGGGAGCAGAGAUUAUGAAGUUCUUGGCCAAAGAGGUCUCCCGCGAUUGCUUUGUCAAUAUCAUGGAGCAGUACCAUCCCCGCGCCCAUGUCGGCAAGAAGAGGCGUCGCAGAAUAACAAACGAAGGUGAACCCGAGGAGGAAGUUCGAUAUGCGGAGAUAAACAGGGCUGUCACUGACACAGAAGUUUCCUCGAUCCACCAGGCGGCUAUCGAUGCCGGGCUUUGGCGGUUCAAUGAGCCACCCAAACACGAUGGGUUUGCUAUCUGA